UUGCAGUUUAGUGAAGAAGACGAAGAAGAGGGGAGAAAGGUCAAAGAAGAGGACGCGGACGAGGAGGCUGAAGAUCGCGAAUGCGGGAAAUUAACCCGCCGAUUGAUGAUGAGCGAAACAGCACCGCGUGUUGAGGCACGCAAGCUGCUCGUCGUUCUCACGUUUAUGGUACUAGCGGCAUUCAGUAACUGGAUUGCGCUGGCUUAUAUUCAUGAUUUCGUCGGCAGGUCUGCUGAUUAUUUUUGA